CCUUCCUAUUUCCUACCCUAUAUAAAGGGCCCGACGCGUAUCGGAAAAGCAUUAGACGAACAGCUCCCGCCUUUCAUUGAUCUGCGUUCAAAAACUUGGAUCAUGAGAUCUUUGAUCGCUAUCCUGUCCUUGGCCUUCGUGGCCAACGCAGCUCCAGGAUUACUUGGACUCGGCGGCUUAGGACUCAACGGAGGAUUCGGUGGGGGAUAUGGCGGCGCUGGGGGCAUCUUGAGCGCCGGAAACUACGCCAACGGAUUCAGCCAUUCCAAAGGAUACAGCCACGGAAACCAUAUUUUAGGAGGAUUCAAAGGACUGGGAGGUAUCGCAAACGGCCACCUGAACAAACACUUCCUCGGGAAGCGAAGCGCUGAUCCGGAGCCUGGAUUGCUAGGCCUAGGACUCGGUGGCUUGGGCCUGAAUAGUGGGCUCGGAGGGGGAUUCGGAGGCUACGGAGGUCUCCUGGGCGCUGGAAACUACGCCAAUGGAUACAGCCACUCCACUGGAUACAGUCAUGGAAACCACAUCCUCAAAGGCUUCGGAGGAGCCGGUGGGCUGAAACACGGCCAUCUGAAACACUUGCUCCUCGGGAAGCGAAGUGCUGAUCUAGAGCCUGACACAGAGCAAGAAUCCGAGUAAUCAAUGAAUAUUUAUGGAGAUAAGGCCUCAUCAACGCUUACAAUUGGGAUAUGAGUCCAGAUAUUACAUAGAUUUACUAUAUAUAUAUAUAUAAAUAUACUUUAAUUUUUUUACAACAUAUGCAUUUAUAAAAUAAAUUAUAUUUUUUUGCCAGAAA